GUGUGUGUGUAGUAGGUGUGUGAGUAGUAGGUGUGUGUGUGUAGUAGGUGUGUGUGUGAGUAGUAGGAGUGUGUGUGUGUAGUAGGUGUGUGUGAGUAGUAGGUGUGUGUCAAGUAGGUGUGUGAGUAGUAGGUGUGUGUGUAGUAGGUGUGUGUGAGUAGUAGGUGUGUGUCAAGUAGGUGUGUGUGAGUAGUAGGUGUGUGUGUGUAGUAGGUGUGUGUGUGUGUAGUAGUAGGUGUGUGUGUGUGUAGCAGGUGUGUGUAGUAGGUGUGUGUGUGUAGUAGGUGUGUGUGUUGUAGGUGUGUGUGUGUAGUCGGUGUGUGUGAGUAGUAGGUGUAGUAGGUGUGUGUGAGUAGUAGGAGUGUGUGUGGUAGGUGUGUGUGUGUAGUAGGUGUGUGUGUAGUAGUAGGUGUGUGUGUAGUAGUAGGUGUGUGUACGGUAGGGGGCACUGGUUGCGCAUCAGCCAGUCAUCUCGGUCAACUGGGUCUGCCCCGUGACCUCCUGCCAGCGGGCGUUCGACACUUCACGUGGCCUCAAGAACCGUGAAAGCGUCAGACGAGGAGGGCACCGCGGUGCCGGGGCUCACGAUCGUGACUUGUUUUGAUUGCACGCCAGGCGCCUCAUCUCGACUCGUCAGAGAGCACCCCCAGUGGCAGCUCUCCCUGUGGGAUCGAGGUGACUCGGCACCUGGUCUGUAAAGGGGCAUCAGUCUGCCAGUAGGGGGCGCUGCUUGCUGCUGCUGCUUGCCGCUGUGGGAUCCCACGCGUGUCGUGGGUCCGGGGCUGUGAGUGGCACCUGCCCACUGGACUCCUGAAAAUACGCAGAGGAGACGAGGAGGAGGAGACGGGGAUGAUGGAUGAAGAGCCAGCCCCCACCGCGUCACCUGCCGGCUCGAUCCGCGCCAUCGAUCGCGGCACCGUCCACCAGAUCUGCUCGGGGCAGGUGGUGCUCACCCUCGCCACGGCCGUUAAGGAGCUGGUGGAGAACAGCCUGGAUGCCGGUGCCACCUCCAUCGAGGUGCGCCUCAAGGAGCAUGGAGCGGAGGUGGUGGAGGUGAGUGACAACGGCUCUGGGGUGGACGAGGACAACUUCCAGGGACUGACGUUGAAGCACCACACCUCCAAGCUGCAGGUCUUCUCGGAUCUCGCCUCGGUUGAGACGUUCGGCUUCCGUGGCGAGGCGCUCAGCUCGCUGUGUGCACUCAGUGAGCUGAGCGUGGUGACGUGUGCGCGUGCUGCGAGCGUGGGCACUCGCCUCGUGUUCGACCGGGAGGGGCACGUGGCACAGCGCUGUGCAGUGGCGCGUACGCCCGGCACCACCGUGACGCUGGCACACCUCUUCUCCUGCCUGCCCGUCCGUCACAAGGAGUUCCUGCGCUCCCUCAAGAAGGAGUUUUCCAAGAUGGUGCACGUGCUGCAGGCGUACUGCGUCAUGGCGGCCGGGGUGCGCAUCGCCUGCUCCAACCAGAGUGGCGCUGGAGGCAAGCGCAGCGUCGUGCUCGCCACGGCGGGAGCUCCCACCGUGCGGGAGAACAUCGCCGCCGUGUUCGGUGCCAAGCAGCUGCAGACGCUGCUGCCGCUGCAGCAGAGCACACCCAGCCCCGAGCUGUACGAGGAGUUCGGCCUCCACACCGGGGAGCUUGCCACCACAUUCCAGCUGAGCGGGUUUGUGUCGCGGUGCGAUCACGGUGCCGGGAGGAGCUCCGCUGACCGGCAAUUCCUCUUCGUGAACGGGCGACCCUGCGACCUGGCCAAGGUGAGCAAGCUGGUGAACGAGGUGUACCACUCGUACAACCGCCACCAGUACCCCUUCCUCGUUCUCAACAUCGUCUCCUCAACCGACCUAGUGGACGUGAACGUGACGCCCGACAAGAGGCUCGUCCUGCUGCAAGAGGAGCGCCUGCUCCUGGCUGUCGUCAAGGCGACGCUCACGAGCCUCUACGAGCCCACGCUAAAUCAGCUGCCCAUCAACACAACCCCCCGCCCGGGGCGCCCGGUCUCCAGUGCCCCGCGUUCCACGGGAGGAGGGCCCGAUAGGCCCCCGAAGGCCCCCGACGCUGGCAAGGCCCGAGCAUUCUCCGGCCUGGGCAGGGCCUUCGGCUUUCGGCCAUCGCUGGGAUUUGGGCGCGGCUCCAGUGAUGCGGCCCAGCCCUCGCCGACCAGCCCCGAGGAUUGUGGGAGUUUCUCCCAGGAUUGUGGGAAGGAAGCACCGGGGGACGGCUCACAGAGCGACGCAGGAGCGCAGGAGGAGGAGGAGGCUGCUGCCGAGGGUUCGGUCGACGACGGUUCUGCUCCUCUGUUGCGGUGCGAUUCUCCCCGUGUUGGCGGGUGCGGUGAGGUUGGAGGUGCCGCACGCGGUGAGGACCAGUGUUUGGGGGCAGUGUCGGUGGAAAAGGUGGUGAAGGAGGUGCGAGGGGGCAGCCCAAGAAUCCCGUCUGUGCCGGCGCCCACCUCCGUCGGCCUCGGGGUCCUGGAUCGCUUCCACCGCGAGCCGUGCCGAACCCAGCGGCCCGGCUCCGUGGUGUCGGUGCCGCUCAGCUCCGGGACGCCCAAGCGGCGCAGGGACAUGGCGACUGUGCAGCUCGGCGGGCCCGCUGGGCGCAAUCGCAAGGUCCGCAUGGAGGAGGAGGCAGAGGAGGCCACCGCGCAAGCGGAGGGGCCCGGUUGCACGGUGGAAGCGGCGCUCACGGCGCCGGCGGACGGGGCCUGUACGGUGGACGUCGCCAUGCGGGUGGUGCGCCGGGAGGUGCCGGUGCCGUUCUCGCUCACGCGGCUCCGGGCGCGGGCGCGCCGCGCCAUAGGGGGCACGGACUCCCCCACGGGGGCCGUGGACCCCCCCGGGGGGUGCAGGUUCCGCGCCAAGAUCAGCCCCUCCGACAAUCGCGCGGCCGAGGAGGAACUCCAAAAGAAGUUCCAUAAGCACAUGUUCGCGCACAUGGAGGUCGUGGGCCAGUUCAACCUGGGCUUUGUGGUGGCGCGCCUGGGCCCCGACCUCUUCAUCGUGGACCAGCACGCGUCGGACGAGAAGUACAACUAUGAGACGCUACGCCGGGACAGUGCCACUCUGCAUGGACAGCGUCUCAUUGCGCCCCUGAAGUUGCCUCUCACGGCCGUGGGGGAGCUCGUUCUCAUGGAGAACCUCGACAUCUUCAGGAAAAACGGGUUCGACUUCAUAAUCGACGAGCAAGCCCCAGCGACGGAGCGCGUGCGCCUCACCACACUGCCCGUGCAGCGCGGCUGGAUGUUCGGCGUGAGCGACGUGGAGGAGCUCGUUUUCCUGCUGAGCGACCGCCCCGGCGUCAUGUGUCGGCCAUCGCGCGUGCAGCAGAUGCUCGCCUCCAAGGCGUGCCGCAAGUCGGUGAUGAUCGGCACGGCGCUCAACGCUACUGAGAUGCGGCGGUUGCUGCUACACAUGGGAGAGAUGGAGCAGCCGUGGAGCUGCCCGCACGGCCGGCCCACCAUGCGCCACCUCAUCAACCUUGACCUCCUGACGGGGCCCGGCGGCCGCGACGGUCCGCAGCUACAGCAGCAGCAGCGUCGUCAUCAUCAGCACGCAGCAGCAGCAUCAGCAGUAGGACCAUCAGACGGGCAGGAAAACGCAGAUAUCUGAGCCAGCACAGUGAUGUUGAUUGUGGUGCCUGGACAGAGAGACUCGAGGUCCUAAUGCUGCACUGGGCCAGUGGCCGCCGACUCGGGGCCGUGGAACGACCGGUGAAGGUUCCUCGAGGCCCGCACAAAGUGGAUUGCGGAACUGAGCCAGAUGCUACGAUUAUUUGAAACAAAAUGGCGGAUUCUAUCACUCGAUACAGAAUAUUAGUUCGCGUCCCGUGGAGAAUGUCAGUCACAAUAUGAACAAGCAGACGAUCCACAUCCUUCCCAUGACGUGCAUUUAUAUUCGUGUGUAGCGGUGGAUCUUACUCCAUGGCGCUCCGCAGUUUAGAGGUUGUGUUAGGUAACGGGUUAGAGGAAGUGUUGAGGAUAGAGUUGGACUCAGAGAUAGUGUUAAGGCUAGGGGGUUAGGGAUAGGUUUGGGCAUGGCUAUGAUCAAGGACAGUGUUGGGGUUCGGGAUAGUGGUGGAGAAUUUGGAGCACGGGUUCCUAGCGAUGGAGGAACAGAAAAGUGCAAAAUGAGUUUUAAUCAACGCGAGUUAUAAGGGGGUGAGGGGCUCCAGGUGAAGGGCUGGGACUGGGAAACGGUUCGAGGUGGCACUGCUCACUGACCAUGUGCAGAGAACACGAAUAAUUUUCGUGCUCACGUUGGUGUUUAUGCGGUUCAUUGUGUUACUGUUGUGUUGGCUACGAUUUGUGGAUCUCACGUUGACCAUACGUUGACGUGUGGCCAGUUGCACAAAACAUUUUAAACGUGCCGUUUAUAUCGACUUAGUUUGGAAACUGCCAAUUAUUUUCCAGUGAGUUGUUUCUGUGUGACCAGAGCUGGCUGACAUGAAACGGUUUGUUUACACCAAGUGACUCGACAGCCUGGGACCAACCACAAGUUUUGACCCAGUGGUAGGGUUGCCACCUUGUACACGGAGCAAACCCCAACACGUGGCGCAGUCAGCCUAGGUCUAUAUCAGAACCACUGUGCAGUCCACUGUAAUAAAGUUCAAGA